CCAGGCGGGCUCCAGAGGAUGACUGGCGUCCAGUGCGGCCGGGACCAGGGGCAGGGCGCCCCGGGACCCCUCAGAGGCGCUGCGAGCAGUGAGGGGGGCCUGGCCAACCGUCUGGCGUCGGAAGCUGAGCGCUCCUGAGGCCGCGCACGAUGCCGCCCGUCGGGGCCACCGUCUCCCUCCAGGAGCUGGCCAACCUGGCCAUCGGCACCCCCGAGGUGGGGGCCGUCAACUUCAACGCGCUCCACACGCUCCUCGUGGCCCUGCUCAAGAACCUCAACAUGCAGGACCUCCGGGUGGACUACCACCAGCCGCUGUCGCCCGAGCGGAGGCUCUCGGAUACCCUUCGGGUGUGGCCCGCCACCCCGCUGCUGUCGACCAGCAGCCCGCAGGUCUCUGUGUCUAAAGAGAAAGAGAAGCGAAAGGCCAGCCUGCCCAGGGUCCCGUCGAUGGUGCUGGAGAGCCAGAUGAAGGGCCUGGGCGGGCAGGUCCAGGACCUGGAUCGGCAGGUCCAGGGCCUGGGCGUGCAGGUCCAGGACCUGGACCGGCAGCUCAGGAACAUGGACAACCAGCUGCAGGGCGUGCUGUCCCACAUCCAGUACUUCACCUCCCUGGUCUCCGGCCCGGACGUGGAGACCUCGGAGUGGCUGGAAGAGCAGGCGAAGGCCUAUGUCUUGGCUGAGGGUGUGGGUGCUGAGAGGAGCGCGUCCACCGAGCCGGGCGCCUUCAUCACAGAGGAGGGCGCUCCCGUCAGCGAGACGGGCGCGCCCACCACUCAGAAGGGCGCGCCCACCACCCAGAAGGGCGCGCCCACCACCCAGAAGGUCGCACCCACAACCCAGAAGGGCACGCCCACCACCCAGAGGGGCGCGCCUACCACCGAGGGGGGCGCGCCUACCACCGAGGGGGGCGCGCCCAUCACCGAGGGGGCCGUGCUCAUGACGGAGGAGGGUGUGCUCAUGACAGAGGAGGGCGUGCUCAUCACCGAGGAGGGAGCGCCCAUCACCCAGGAGGGAGCGCCCAUCACCCAGGAGGGCGCGCUAGGCGCGUUCAAGACUGAGGAGGGUGUGCUCAUGACGAAGGAGGGCGUGCUCCUGACGGAAGAGGGCGCGCCCAUCACCGAGAGGGGCGCGUCCAUCACCGAGAGGGGAGCGCCCAUUAGCGAGGGGGGCGUGCCCAUCAGCGAGAGGGGCGCGCCCACCACCCAGAGGAGCGCGCCCAUCAGCGAGAGGGGCGCGCCCACCACCCAGAGGGGCGCGCCCACUACCCAGAGAGGCGCACCCAUCAGCGAGAGGGGCGUGCCCACCACCCAGAGGGGCGCGCCCAUCAGCGAGAGGGGCGUACCCACCACCCAGAGGGGCGCGCCCAUCAGCGAGAGGGUCGCGCUUCCGAAGGCCAAGCCCGUGCCUGGGACGGGCAAGGCGGUGCCCGACAUGGGCAAGGGGAAGCCGGAGACAGCAAAGUCUCCAAUGGGGAUGGCCAUGCCCAUGCAGAGGUUGGUUUCGCCUGCUCCGGGGGUGGCACCGCCCAUUCCGGGGAUGGCCGUGCCCGCGCCUGAGAUGGGCAAACUGAUGCCCGAGAAGAUGCGGGCGUUGGUGAAAUGGUGGAAGGAAGGUCCCCAGGUCAUGGAGAUGCUCCACAACGUCAUGGAGCAAGUGAAAAUCUUGAAGGAAGCCCAGGAGAAGGCACAUGAGGCCACAGAGUUCGAUCCGAUGCCACUCAGCCACCCUGGAAGUACUCCCUCCCCUCCCCCUUGGGGGGCAGUGUCUCCUCAGUGGUUUGCCCACAGACUCCCAUCCAGCAUUAGCAUUGGCUCCUGGCACAUCUGUCCCUACUCCCUCCACGUCCCGUUCUUGUUGGCUUACCCCUCUCUGCCCUCUGCUCCUCUGGGAUCCACACACCUCGCUCCUCUCCCCUGCGAGGAUGUGUGUGUGUGGGGCGGGCUUGGGGGGACAGGAGCACCUGCUUUGACCGCCACCUCUGCACUCUCCUUCCAGGGGCUCCUGCAUCGGCUGGAGGAAGUAGAGAAGAUAGUCAAGAACCGGGAGGUGUUCCUGGAACCCUUCAGCCGGAAGAUGUCUCUGCUGCCCCCUGGAGAGGAAGUCACCAUGGUCACCUGGGAGGAGCUGGAGCAGGCGAUUACUGAUGGCUGGAAGGCCACCCAGGUGGUGCCCAUGUGGGCAGGGGCUGGGCAGUGGGCUCCGUGGCUCCCCGCUUCUCUCCCUUUUUAUAUAUGCAUGUUUGUUAUAUAUGUUUGUAUGUAUGUAUGUGGCAUAGACACCACGCCAGCCAUCCUUAAGCGCAAAGUGAAACCGACCGUGACAAGUACCUCCUCCACUGGGUAUCCGGGCGCCGACCAGGCUCCGGACUUGGCUGGCGGCGUUGGCUCAGAGCUGGGGCCCAGCGGACUGAGACAGCCCUCUGACAGAGAACUACACCACCCACCUUCACCCCGAUUAAGAGAAGCCGAUCGCCACAGGCUCAGGGAGUGGCCCAGCUUCACACGUCUGAGAAGAAUCAAGCAAGACGCACAUCCUGGUCUGGCUCCACAGGACCUACCCAGAGACCGGCACCAUCUCAUGCCCCCGGAUGCUCGCGGCGGGAUGACCCCCAUCCCGGGCCAAGUCAUGUACGAAAGGCCCGACCAACUUGGGCCGGGGCCGCCUGGCCUGGGCCAGCUUGAGUUUCAGCCUCCUAGCGUUUACUCAUAUGGCUUCCCCUUCAGCACGGGCCAGCUGGGUAUGAUGCCACCUGGAAUGGAGGAGCAGGUGUUGGUUCAGCACGAUAUGGUGCCAAUGUGGGUACCUGGCAUGGGUCAGCAAGGAUUGGAACUACCUAGUAGGGCACAGCCUACUGUGAUUCCACCGAGUACACUGCAGUACGGUAUGAGAUUUCCCGGCCCAGACCAACGUGCCAUGGAGCGGCCUGCAAUGGACGAGAGACCCGUGGGUGUGAGACCCGGGGGCAUGGAUCAGCCGGGGUUUCCAACCUCUGACAUGGACCAACAAGUACUGGUUCCAUCUUUUAAAGACCAGGAAGGUUUUGUACAGCCCAGCUUGGAGCCACCUGUCUUCAUGCAGCCUGCCGCACCGCAAUUCGAUGUGCUACCUCUCGGAGCAAUUCGGCCUGGCUUGGUCCCACUUGGAAUGGACCAGCCUGGUUUAGUCCCAUCUGGUGUAGGCCAGCCUGGUUUAGUGCCACCUGGUGCAGGUCAGCCUGGUUUAGACCAACCUGGAAUGGAUCAGCCUGGUUUAGUCUCCCCUGGUGCAGGUCAACCUGGUUUGGUGCCACCUGGUGAAGGUCAGCCUGCUUUAGUCCCACCUGGUGAAGGUCAGCCUGGUUUGGUGCCCCCUGGUGAAGGUCAACCUGCUUUAGUCCCACCUGGUGAAGGUCAGCCUGGUUUAGUUCAACCUGGUGCAGGCCAGCCUGGUUUUUUCCCACCUGUUGCAGGUCAGCCUAUUUUUUUCCCACCUGGUGCAGGUCAGCCUGGUUUUUUCCCACCUGGUACAGGUCAGCCUGGUUUGGUACAGACUGGUAAAUAUCCACCCGGUUUUGUACAGCCAGGUGCAUAUCCAUAUAGUUUCGCUCAACCUGGCGUCUAUCCACAUGGUUUGGUCCAGCCUGGUGCAUAUCCACAGGGUUUCAUGCGGCCUGAUGUGGCAGGUCAGCCUGGUUUAGUCCCAUCUGGUACAGGCCAACCUGGUGCAGAUCAGCCUGAUUUUGUCCAACGUGAAACGGACCAGUAUGGUUUAGUCCAACCCGGUGCUGGUCAGCCUGGUGUGGUCCAACCUGGAAUGGAUCAGCGUGGUUCAGUCCAACCUGGUGAAGGUCAACCUGGUGUGGUCCAACCUGGAGUUGAUCAGCGUCACUUGGUGCAGCGAGGGGCGUAUCCCCCCGGUUUUGUACAGCCAGGGGCAUAUCCCCCCGGUUUGGUUCAACCUGGUGCCUACCCACCACAUGAUUGGAUGCAGGCUAGGGUCUAUCCUCGUGCUUUGGUCCAGCCCAGUGCAUAUCCACGUGGUUUACUACAGCCGGAUAUUGAUCAGCAAGGUUUAGUCCCACCCGGUGCAGCUCAGGAAGUGCAACCUGGAGUAGAUCAGCCUGGUCUGAGGCAGCCUGGUGCUGAUCAAGUACCACCAGGCGCACAGCCUCAAGGCUUUCCACCCCAAUAUCAGCAUGGCGUGGCACCUCCUGGCAGAGAUCAACGUAUCCGGGCAUCACCACACCUAUCCAGGCAAGGUUGGAUGUCGCCUGGUACGGACCAAGAGGGUUUGGCACCUACAGACACAUAUCCACGAGGCAUAGUCCCGCGUGGCCCAGAACCAUUAAUCACCGGCGUAUCUGCACGCCCAGAUCAGCAGCAUUGGCCGUCACCUGACCUGGACCACGCGGGUGCAGACUACCGUGACCAAGCCUCCUUUCUCCAAGACCCACGCGGCCCGUAUCCUGGCCCUUACGGCCCCAGGUACCCAGGCAUGGAUCAGCAUGUCCAAGCACGUCUGGACCCACACAAACGCAGGGCCCGGACUCCGACCACCCUGGGUCCAGAGCAGAGCGUGGACUCCGAUAGCGCAUCCUUGCAAGUCUCACGAGAGCCGAGUUAUAUCGAGCCUCAGAGACACGAUUCGCUGGAGAAUGUGGCUCCGAACUUCCCCAUCGCCAUUGAGACCUUCCGCCUGAUGGGCGAGCUCGUCAGCCUCUACUCAGAGCUCAAGGAGAACAUGAAGACCCUGGACACGGAGAAGGCCGGCGAGAGCGACCUGGAGAAGAUCCAGUACCUGCUCGCCCUGAUGGUCCAAAGGACCAUCCCGCCGGACCUGCAGGAGCAGCUGAAGUCCAUCAAGACCCUGACCAAAGAGGUUCGGCAGGAGAAAGCAAAGAUGGACAAGUUGCAGAAGUUCCUGGAGGGCGAAGGGCAGACAGAAAUGGGGAGGGAGGUGGCCGCUGGCCCGCUGGGCUUGCAGCUGGGUCUCCUCAGGGUCAGCGUGAACGACAUCGAGAAGGAGCUGGCGGAGCUGAGGGAGAGCCAGGAGCUGGGCAAGGUCUACAUGGAGCACUCGGUCUCCGAGGCCUCCCUCUACCUGCAGGACCAGCUGGACAAGCUCAGGACGAUCAUCGAGAACAUGCUGGCCUCGUCGUCCACACUGCUGACCAUGAGCAUGUCCCCGAAGAGGGCCUCGGUCAGCAUGUCACCCGGCCAGAUUGACCCCAAGGCCACCUGCCCGGCCUGUAGCCUGGACCUGAGCCACCAGGUCAGCACGCUGGUGCAGCGCUAUGAGCAGCUGCAGCACAUGGUCACCAGCCUGGCUGCCUCACGGCCCUCCAAAAAGGCCAAGCUGCAGAGACAGGACGAGGAGCUGCUGGGCCACGUGCAGAGCGCCAUCCUGCAGGUGCAGGGUGACUGCGAGAAGCUCAACAGCGUCACCGGCAACCUCAUCGAGGACCACCGGCAGAAGCAGAAGGAUAUCGACGUGCUGUACCAGGGUCUGGAGAAGCUGGAGAAGGAAAAGGCCAACAGGGGGCACCUGGAGAUGGAGAUUGAAGUGAAGGCGGACAAGAGCGCCCUGGAGGGCAAAGUGAGCCGCGUACAGUUCGACGCCACCACGGAGCAGCUGAACCACAUGAUGCAGGAGCUGGUGGCCAAGAUGAGCGGGCAGGAGCAGGACUGGCAGAAGAUGCUGGACCAGCUCCUGUCCGAGAUGGACAGCAAGCUGGACCGCCUGGAGCUGGACCCCGUGAAGCAGAUGCUGGAGGACCGGUGGAAGUCCCUGCGGCAGCAGCUCAAGGAGCGCUCCCCGCUCUACCAGGCGGACGAGGCGGCCGGCAUGCGGCGACAGCUCCUGGCACAUUUCCAUUGCCUGUCCUGUGACCGGCCCCUGGAGACAACUGUGACUGGACAGGUCCUCCCCACCACGCCCGUGGGGCCCAGCAUGCCUGGGCACCGCUCCACCCGCCCCUACACGGUGUUUGAGCUGGAGCAGGUGCGCCAGCAGAGCCGCAACCUGAAGCUGGGCCACUCGGCCUUCCCGCGGGCCGACCUGGCGUCCAUGGAGCGGAGCGUGGGGCGCCUGCGCACCAUGCACUCCAAGAUGCUGAUGGACAUCGAGAAGGUGCAGAUGCACUAUGGGGGCUCGGUCAAGGCCAGCAGCCAGAUGAUCCACGAGCUGCUGCAGGCCCAGUGCCUGGGCUCCCCCUGCUGCAAGCGGGUGUCGGAGAUGAGCGCCUUCAGCUUCACCACAGUGUCGCGGCACUGCGGGGGCAGCCACACCCUCACCUACCCCUACCGCCGCACCCGCCUGCAGCACCUGCAGCAGGGGCUGUUCCCCGAGGACGCCCAGAUCGCCAGGAAGCACCACGAAGUGGACAUCCUGGGCCUGGAUGGACAUAUUUACAAGGGACGGAUGGACAUGAGGCUGCCAGGCAUCCCCACCAAAGACAGCGCAGGGAACAACAAGCACAAGAUCAAGCCGUCGCGCUCCCACACGCUCCGGCAGCUGGACAGCAGCCAGCUGCCCCUGCGGCCUCAGAGUGCCCACAUGGCGGCCGGCAGCAUCUCAGCUACUUCUCGGCAACACACAGACAGACCGGUCUCCUCGGAGGGGCGCCUCUCCCAGCCGACCAUGGCCCACCUGCCCAGCCCCGGCGGGAUGGCCAUGCACAUGGACGUGCCUCCCGGGGAGGGCAUGGAGGAGCCCACCCGGGGGCCCAGGACCCCCAAUACUCGCUGAGCAGAGCUAUAAAUAAAUGUUUGCAAGAAGCUGGCUUCCCUGUCCUGGCUCAGG